CUUCACAAGAUGGACCUCAGAGUGACAAGCGUUCUCCUCCUCCUGGUGGCCUUGGCCGUGGCAACACCAGAGAGACACUACCAUGUACAGAAAGUAGCCAAGCAGCAGCAUUAUCCUGCUAAGAGCCAUGUCCAAAGUAAGUCUCAAUAUAUUCAUGUCUAUCAGCAUGUUAAUGUUCUGAAGAUAAUUCUGUAUCAGCUUUAUGGUACAUUCUCUUGGAAGGUUUAUGGAAGGUUUCAUUCAUUCCAAUUCUAGACUGUACUGGAGGUUUGUCAUUAGGGUCAGGAGUUUUUCUUGGCCACCUAAUAGCUGUCAGUGCCAAAAGGAAAAUACUGGGUGCAAGCAGACCCCAAAUGUCAAACUGGAAGAAACAUGGCUGUUUUGAACUCCAUAUAGCUUUAACAAAUGGAACUAAGCACAGCAUGGUAAAAAAAAAGCUUUUGGGAUAUGGACAAAUAAACAUAUCAAAAUAAAAUGUUAUUUCAGCUAAUUAAUCAAUGUAAAAUUGCAGAAUAUACAGCAUCAAUUUACAUUUAAACUGUCAUUACUGCGGAAGUUAAUUGCUACUAGAACACUCACAAAUGUAGAGUAUUAAAUCUCUACAUACUUAUCUUAUGAAACAGGAUUGAUAGCACAUUAUCCUUUACAGGGGAACAAGUAACUUAAACUGACUUAUUGAUGCAACCUGAGGCAAUGUCUCAGUCAAAUUUGUUGAGGGUUUUCACCUGACCAUAGUUGUUAAGCAAUAGGAAACCGUGGGCCCAUGCAUCCUUCCACAGCUCCCAAGACAGGACACAGUCAUUCAUCAACAGAAAGUGGAUAAUAAAAAUAUGAUUACAGUAGUUAAGAUAAUAACCAUUCUCCUGCAACAAUGCUGACAGUCAGACCACAGAGGUUCUGUAGAAGUGAGAGCCAGGGGCAAUUAUCACUUAUGUACGCCUCAUAAAAAGAGCACCAAUGCACCAGUUAAAUGUUGCUAGCUUCCACAUAACACUGCUUUCAAGAUUCCAUGUCACUCUUGAAAAAUUGAAAUAUCCUACUAAAUAUCCUACUAAAUAUCCUACUAUCCUAUCUUUAGGAGAAAGCUCAGAAGACAGCGGGGAAAGUAUAGAGGGUAAGACAGUGGGGCUUGACAAAAUGGCAGAGAUGGGACCAUUCUGUCAAGAAUAUGGUCCAGAGAUGAGUGUUGUCGCUCAACCAGACUACGGCACUCAGUAGCUUUGUUUAAGAUGUUUCGAUGCAUUUUUUUAUGGCCGGUGUCCUCUGACAUAAAUACAAAACUUUUCCACAAGUCAACAAUGAAAGCUUAGAUUUUGGAAAAAUCUCCAAAACAGAUGUUACCACGUUGCAUUGGGCACACCCAAUCAAACCACUUUGUAGUGCUUAAAUUGUCCCAGACACUUCUCAAAACAAACACCCCAAAGUAGAGUAGACAAAAAUGCAAAUAAACUUAAAUAAAUAAAAUAGUAAGUCUGAUAUACACCCUCAGGAUGUAUAAUGUGAGAGCCAUGGCAUAGCCUACAUAUAGAACUAUGUAUGGUUUGAGGCUGGCAAUAGACAUAGGAUCUAGGCCUAACUAGACAAGUCAAGGUUGAACAGCUGGCUAUGCCACAGUAUUAUCACCUUCCAGUUUCUGAGGUUUGACUUGGCUGCUGAAACUGUCCAGUUUUGGCACAUUCUGCUUUCCUGGGGUUUCAAACCUACUCCUCAGUGGCUUUCAAAUUACAGCCCUGUCUGGCCAUUUUGUUAUCAAAGUGCUAUUCCAAAGCAGGAAAAGUGCUUUUCUACAAAUCAUGCAUCAAAUCCACUUCAGUCACUGUAGAAAAAUGUUUCCUAUUGACUUCUGUAUCAGUACCUUACACCAUGGCAAUACCACACCACACAUUACUUGAGGAGCAACGGCCUUGCCAGUAAAUUAUAAAAUCACUUUUAAUAAUACAAUUAAUUAAUAAAAACUGUUAAUAACUGCUAGUGCCUUGAAGUUUUAUAUCUAACAGGAAACUCAGUUUCCCUUUAUUAACGUCAGUCAAAAGUGUGUGGGUGGGGGGUCAUAACUUCGGGGGGGGGAGGGUCAUAACUUCUCAGAGAUGCAGGCAAGCUACAGUAUAAGGCAAAUACUGACCACUAUGGACUGAAUUCUGAUAUCUGAACUAUUAUACUAAUGGUUAUACAAAAUGUUAGGCAUAAUAUGCAAUUUUGACAUAAUAUGCAACAAACAACAUGGCUUCAGGAAAGUUAUUGGUAUAGGUAAAGGUGUUGAAGUAUUGUGGGCUAACCUCUCAAAGACACAGGGAUAAAAAUAUCCCUUCAGCAUUUCAGGACCUAGGCCAGGUGCCACACAUUUCAACAACUAUCAUAUCCCAAUAUGACGUGUAUCUUUCCCGUCAUAUGACCUACUCUCUACUGCCUCACAAAGGCCACAUUAAGAGGAAUAAAGGGUUCAAGGUGACGCACAUACAUCAACAACUGGAGGACCACUAACCAUAAACAUGCACUACAGACAACUUGUGAAAAUAAAAGGGUUCAACAUAGUGUGGCCAAAUUAAACUAAAAGAAAUGGCUACAGUAGUCUAAUGUAGUCUCAACAUGCUGAGCACUGUCCAAGGACCCCAGUGUUUAUAUGAACAUAUCCUCAGACCACUGGUGCUGUCAAGAUGACCCUGGGAAAAGCAGUCAGUUCCCACAACCUCCCUCCAUGAUCACGGAGCCUCUGUUGUUUAAAUCACAUUGUGGUGUUUGAGUGGAAUACCAAAGCAGAGGUUAUUCAAGGAUCAAAGGAACCAAUUGACAUGCAAGUGGUCUAAGAGAGAAAUAAAUGGAUGUGACUAAACAAUGUCAAUAAAAAUAUGGAGCAAAGACAGGCAGAGGCAAAAUGACUAAAUAUUCCAACUGAAAAUCAAGAUAAUCUAAUUUCAUGCUUUGCUUUAUGAAUCCUAUUUUGCACAGGAUGGACAUCUGAGAGAUGGUAGUUUAGUCAGGUCAGGGAAACCCCCCGACGCUAUAUGUUUGCAACAGGACUCAAUAGGACACAACAAACAUGACUGGAUCAAUUGGUGUAACAACUGGUGCAUGGCAGAGUUGUUCAUAAAUACCCAUACAAAUAGGGCACAGAUAUCAGAGUCAUCAGCUUUUCAAAACAUCUAAGAUCCAUUUGGGGCAUCACUGAGAAUACAUAAAUAUAUCUUUCCAUUAAAUUUAAAAUGAAAUAGACAAAUGUUUCAGAUGCACUAAGAAUAAAACAGGACUACAUGAAUACUUUGAUAGCAGAUAAUGGACUGGCUAAAUUCACCUUGACUGAAAUCUAAUAACCUACUCUGGAAAAACAAAACUCUGACAAACUUAAUGAGAUGAAAAAAUGAUAUCCUAAAUCUAAACCAAUUACAGUUUACUGUAGUUGUUACCUGCAUCUUAGGUAAUUACACUUAUCCAUUUCCACAGCUGUUGCAGGGGAGCCAGGUAUUCCAGGAUCCCCUGGUGAGCCAGGACCAAUGGGCCCCCCUGGGCCUCCCGGCAAGAGCGGCAUGGGACAUCCUGGACAACAGGGCCCACCCGGGCCCCCCGGACCCGCUGGCUACUCCACAGCUGGCAAGCCUGGCAAUCCAGGUGGUUCUGGGAAACCAGGUAGUAAUGGAAUGCCCGGUGAGAAGGGCCAUACUGGCGCACCUGGAGCCAUGGGUCCAAGAGGAUCACCCGGUUCCCCUGGAAGCCCAGGACCUGCUGGACACUCUUCUGCUGGCAAACCUGGCCCACACGGUCUGCCCGGAGGCAUGGGGCCAAGGGGUGAGCCCGGACUUAAAGGACAUCCAGGUAUCCCUGGUCUGCCAGGACAAAAGGGAGAGAGGGGAGUUGGUAUUCCUGGGGCACCAGGUGCAAACGGUCAAGUGGGCCCAAUGGGACCAUCUGGUAUGCCAGGGCAACCCGGAGUUGGUAAGUCUGGUGCCCCUGGAUACCCUGGGGAGCCUGGGAAGUCAGGUACUCCAGGUAGGGAUGGAGCUCCAGGAGCUAUGGGUCAGCCAGGGCCAAAGGGCCACAAUGGAAACCCUGGGGUAGGAGCACCAGGAAAGCCAGGUGAGAAUGGCAGUCCAGGUAUGCCUGGAAAUAUGGGAUCUAAAGGUCCCCAGGGACAUGCUGGACAACCAGGUGCACCUGGCAUACCAGGAGUUGGUAAACCAGGAGCUAAUGGCAUGCCAGGUGACAGAGGAUCACCAGGAACAUCAGGAACCACUGGUCAGAAAGGAGAGCCAGGGCCAACAGGUUACACUGGGGCAACAGGUGCUACUGGCCUUAUGGGUCCAGCUGGGCCACAGGGUGCUAGAGGAUUCCAGGGAGAACCAGGUGGACAGGGACCUAAAGGAGAGGUUGGCAUGGUGGGAGCUCCAGGGGCAAAGGGAACCAAGGGGGAUCAGGGACAUCAGGGUUACGCAGGGAAGUCAGGUAUCCCCGGGGCAGCAGGCCCUCCUGGAGCAACAGGCGCUACAGGACAUCAGGGUAACAAGGGAGCUCAGGGCCAUACUGGCGCUCCUGGUCAGCCAGGUUCAAAUGGGCUUGCAGGAGCAAAGGGACACCCAGGCACACCUGGAGGUCCAGGGAAACCAGGCGAAAACGGCGUCUCAGGGCCAAGAGGACCAGUGGGGCCUUCAGGUCCAACAGGUCAACCAGGUCUUAAGGGUCACGCAGGUCUUCCCGGCGCACCUGGCCCAGCUGGCCAGACGGCCAAGGGAAUUUCUGGUCCUAUGGGUCCACCUGGAGCUCCUGGUUCCAGAGGUCAUGAUGGUAACCCAGGUGCUAUGGGACCUCCUGGCCCACCUGGUCCCCCUGGUGAGAUGGUUUACCAUCACGAGAAGAGCAUGCCCAUCAAGUCCCAUGAGAUUAUGAUGCCUCAUCAUGAGAUGAUGAAGGCCCCUAUGUCUGCCUUCAGCGCUGUUUUGACUAUGGCUUACCCAUCUGCGGGUUCACCCGUUCCAUUCAACCAGAUAAUUUACAAUGGGGAGCAGCACUAUGACCCCCAGACUGGCAUCUUCUCCUGCCAGGUACCAGGUCUAUAUUACUUCUCCUACCAUAUGCAUGUUAAUGGUGCUAAUGCAUUGGUGGCACUGUACAAAAAUGGUGAGCCAAUCAUGUUCUCAUACGAUGAGUACAACAAGGGCUUCUUGGAUCAGUUGUCUGGCAGCACUGUCCUUAUGCUGAAUGCCCAUGACCAAGUCUACAUUCAGGUCCCUGAUGAGGAGACCAAUGGUGUCUUUGCUGCCGACAAUGUUCACUGCUCUUUCUCUGGGUUCCUGAUUGCCUCAACGUGAUACAAUCACUAAUAAAAUCUUGAAACCUUAAAGAAACUACUUAAAGAAAUAGUUCAAUUCACAACUUCCAUUGAGAUUGAGUUGUCAUUGUAGAAUAAAAGAUUGAUGUAAUAUUCUACAAGUUAAUUUGUCUUUGAAAAGGCUGAAAAGGCAAGAGCAGCAAUUCUCUCAAGUAUUCUAUUAAGAAGGGCAUUCAGUUCAUGGAGGCAUUUAAAUUAAACGAGAGGAAGAAUAUAAUUUUGGAAUUCAAUUGUUUGUUAUCACUAUUCCCUUUCCCAGUAUAUGCACAAGUAUUCAGCAAACAAUGAUCAAGGAAUACAAAACAGUUUGAAUACGCAAAAUGGUGCUCUUUGACUGCCUGUAACAUUUACAGCAGAUUUUUUUUGUUUUCAAAGUCUUUAAUACAUGUCUUGUAAUAUACAUGCAAAGGAAAUCAUGCUUGUUUUUUAAGCAAUGUUUUAAGUCAGUUCGCAACACCUUUAACAAACCAGCAGUGUGAUAUUGCAACACACAGGAUGAAAAACAGUCAUAAAAAAAGUAUUAUGUCAACAACAACUAUAUGCCUGAGGAUGCAUUAUGCUAUGUUCAACUUACUGAUCAAAGUAAAGAAUAAAGUUAUUUCUGAAACUGA